UUGGUAAUUUCAAUUUAUAAAUGUGCAUAUCUUUCUUGUUAAUAUAUAUACUCCAGUAUAAUGAAGGCCAAUUUUGUAAAUGCAGCUCAAGAUAAGACCAAACCUAACCACAGUAUACUUUUGUUGUAUCAAUAUAUAUGCAUGUGGUCAUGCAAACACAAAGAUAGUGCUUAAUAUUUUUUAGCUAACUGAUAUUUGAUAAUUGUACUUGUUUAUUCUUCCACUGUAUCGAUCCACUCCAACUAAAGUUAAGCUAGCUCAGUGGCUGCUACACUUGUUGAACAUCCAUGGCAUCAACUUCCACACUUACUCUACUGCUCUUCCUAAUCUUCGUAUUGUCAUUGCCAUCGAAUUCACAAAGCUCUAGUCCGGUACUUGAUCAUCAUCAAGAAAGUGUCAAUGGGCAGUUCGAUGAAUGGAUAUCUUUGAAUGUGAAGCACUACAACAGAAAGAGAGAAGAAAGUUUGAAAUGGAUGCAAGAAUCAAUCAAACACAAGAAACAAAAAGUUCCAGCAGCACCUGCUAAUGCUAGCAGCAGCAGCAGCCUUGAUCCAAAGCUUAGAAAUGCAGAGAUGAACAAAAUGAUAAUCAGUGUGAGUCAAGAUGGAAGUGGCAACUUCAAGACCAUUAAAGAAGCUCUUGCUAGCAUUCCACUCUAUAACAUGCGUCGGGUCAUACUGGACAUCAAACCCGGAGUUUAUAGGGAAAAGCUUAACAUUCCAAGAAAUUUGCCAUUUGUGACAUUUCGGGGCGAUAGCAGCAAUCCGCCACAGAUAACAGGCAAUGACACAGCUUCAGCUAUCGGAACCGACGGCACGCCUUUGAAGACAUUCCAAAGUGCUACUGUUGCUGUCGAUGCUGAUUAUUUUGUCGCCAUAAAUCUCAUUUUCGAGAAUACAGCACCCCAUGUGGUUGGGACAGCAGGAGAACAAGCCGUUGCACUGAGAAUAUCGGGGAACAAAGCAGCAUUUUACAAUUGCAGUUUUUAUGGAAGCCAAGACACACUUUAUGAUCACAAGGGCGUUCACUAUUUCAACAAUUGCUUCAUCCAAGGCUCUGUUGAUUUCAUCUUUGGCUAUGGCAGAUCCCUAUAUGAGAACUGCCAAUUGAACUCAGUGGCAAAGAAAGUAGCAUCCUUGACAGCCCAGAAACGUACAAAUUCGUCAAUAUUAAGUGGAUUCUCGUUCAAGAACAGCACCAUAACAGGGAGUGGAUCAGUUUACUUGGGCAGAGCCUGGGGUGAUUAUUCCAGAGUAGUUUUCUCUUACACUUACAUGGACAAGAUUGUUCUUCCCCUAGGAUGGAACGACUGGGGAAAAACAAUUCGAGACUCGAGAGUGUAUUAUGGGGAGUACAAGUGCAGUGGACCAGGAGCCGACAUGACAAGAAGAGUGCCAUGGGCACGAAUCCUCACCGAUGAAGAGGCCAUGCCUUUUAUUGGCACCUAUUAUGUUGAUGGCAAUUCUUGGCUUAUACCUCCCUAUUAGUUUAACUCACCUACCAUAAAUUUUAAGUAGAACCUAUGUGAUGUGCAUCAAGUAUGAACUUUAUUACCUAUAUACACCCUUUCGCCUCUCCUUUGUAUUGUUCUUGUGACGAAUAACAAAUUUAUUAGCAAGUUAAAUAAAUAGUACAUAUGUACCGCAUUCUUUUGUAAAAAGAUGCACCUUACAUAUGUACCUUGGUUGUGUAUCAAGUACAAACUUUCUUAUAUAAUACUGUUCCACCUUUCCGUUA